AUGGGCUGCAGGAUGGCUACGACCACGGCCGCAAAGCUGGCGGCUGAGCCUACCCCGACUACUGCGACCACCUCGAUGCAGCGCAACAUUCAGGUGGUUGGGGCAGGAGGUUCCUUAGAAACCAUUGGUGCCCCGAGCAAGAAAGAAGCAGAAAGCCUGCUUCAAGAGCUGUUGAAGGAAGAAGGUUUGCUUGCUGCGAACGAUACCUGCACCCCGUGCAGUGCUGGCGAGUCCAGAUGCUGCUACUUGUGGCAACAAGGUGUUGCGAGAGUGCAGGAGCCUGACUUCUCAAACGAAGAGCAGAACUUGCAAAUCCAUUUUCGUUUGGACUACGAGAAGCCUUUCGACAAAGAGUUGGUUCAGGCACUUCAUGAGUUGCCCUUCAGCAGUGCAGAGGACAGAAGAGAGUUUGGCAAGAAGAUUGCAGAGCAAGGAAUUUUCAAGGCAUCCCAGCUUCAAUCUGUGCGCAAGUCGACUCUUCCAGCCGGUGCUUCCCCAAUGCUCGCCGCCAAAUUCGAGGAGGCGAAGAGCAGCUACAAAUCUGAGAAACUCCAGGAACCCGAAGAGGCCAGGAGGGCGCGAGAGGAUCGCAAGGAGCUGAAGGAGGGCCUCGAGGACAAACUGGAGAAGGGGCAAAUUGCAAUCACGGAAGCGAUGGAAGCGAUGAAAACUGCAGCCCAAUCCGGCAGCGAACGGUUAAAGAAAGCGGCUGCAGCGAAGAUGAAGCGAGCAAAGGAAUAUUUGGAUCAGAUCCAGGUGAAAGACGCAGACCUUGACAGAGCUGAGGAAUCUUCCAAACUCGAUGAUAUGAUGAAACUCCCUGACACGGACACGAUUGGUGGAAAGCACGUCCCUUUGAACUUGCUCAUUGAAGAGCUAGGGGUGAUGCGAGGUGUGAGCUUUGCCCGUGCAGCUGGGCCGGACCAGUCCUUUGAGGCCUACGACAUUGUCGCGCAACUAAAGCCUGCUUACACCGGCUACAAAGAGAAGGAUGAGGACCAGCUGGUGGCAGCCAUCGCAGUUUCUCCAGAUCUCACUUCGCAGCAGGUUUCCAUAGAGGAGGACACGGCUGCCGACAUCGAAGCUGCAAAUGCAAUCUUUGCCAAUGUUGGAUCCAGCGCCUUUUCUUCCAGCAGCAGCAACUUCGGACUGGAAGUUGGCGUCGAAGCCCAAAGCAUCUUUGCGCACGCUGGAGCUAGUGCCGGCCACCAAGAUCGGAGGGGUCAAUCGGGCGGGACUGCGAAGGAGGCUGAGGCCAAGAAAAUGCGAAAGCUGAGCGAGACAACGCGAAGCCUCUACCGGUCGACAUUCUACUUGGAACCGAGGCUCCACGUGUUGAUCCAGCGUGACAUGCUGGACCUGUCAUCUUCUUUCGAAGAUGCUGUGAGUAAUAUCACAAAAGCUCUCCCAUCGCAUGGCCUUCCAGGGGCGGACGCUUACGCCCUCGCCUGGCAGCUGUUCGAUCGUUUCGGAGAUCAUGUGUGCCCGCAAGUUUUGCUAGGAGGAUGGUGGCGCAUCACGGCUAGCUAUCAGAGCACUAAAUUCCAAUCCCGCAUUGACGUCAGCAACAUCGCAUCAGAGGCUAUUGAGCAAAGCCAUUCCCAAGCUCAGCAGAGUUCAGUGUCUGCAGGAGGAGGAGGGGGUAGAACAGGCUUUUCAGUCGACGUGCAUGCAUCAUCAUCCUGGGGAACAUCGUCAAGCGAUAGCAGCCAGAAGAGCUCUUCUAUAGGCCUUCGCCACGUGAACCAAACUGCGCUCGAGGACUCACAGGUGGCGGUCGCGCAUACGUGGAAGGGUGGUUCGUCUGGGUGUUCGCCUGCUGACUGGCGCCGAAGUCUGGACGAGUCGACCAAUUCGAAUUGGAAGGUGAUUGACCGCCACGUGGAUCAUUGCUUUCCUCUUUGGGAGUGGGGUGGGAUCCACCCGCAAGUGAAGGAUCUCUUGAGAUCCCAGUACGUGCCGUGGGCACAGCAGUUCAACACCACGACGACUUCCACAUCCGCAGCAUCCACGACUGGGCUCCCUUCUACGACUCCGAGACCGACGCCGCGCAAGAAGCUGAAAGAGGAGAGGGAUGUCCAGUGGCCAGUUCGUUCAGCAACUGUGCUGUUGCACUGUGAUCCCGGCUGGCAAGUUGCUGCUUGCAAUAUGAAGCAAGGUGCGGCAAGGAAAAAUCUUAUGUCGGUGUUUCCUUCAGCCGGUUCCUGCGUGAUUCGGUGCAAGCAGCAAGACCGAGCCAACUGCGAAAGGACCUUGCCUCAAAUACCAAUACAGUUGUAUUGUUGGCCUUCGACAGGCUAUCCAGUCAGAAGCACUCGAGACAUGAUCUAUGUUGAUUCUUCCUUCACCGAAGACUCCUUGAACUUCUGCGGAGGGUGGAGGGUUGCGGACUGCUUUUUUGAUUCCGUCGUCGCUCCAAUGUAUGCCCAGGUCAAAGAUGGCAUGUGUGUUGUCACCGCCGGUUAUGGUGUAAGCAAUGUUAACGAUGUUUGGAGCGAAUAUUUAACUACGAUCUGCGAGCAGGCCGGAUAG